CGCGAGUGGGUGUGUGCGCGCGCUCCUAACGGAGACAGUGUGGAUGCGAUUUUAACACCGAGCAGAAGUCAGUGCGGUCGACCUGCAGCAGGAUGAACAGCGCAGCUGCUUUCCCCCCUCCCUCCGCUCCCCCGGCCAACAUGUUUGGAAACGUGCCUGGCUACGAAGGCACUGUGGCAGGAGGAGGAGGAGGCUUCCUGCCCCCUCCCAUGCCCGCCGAGCCGGUGGCCCCGCCCCAGCCCGGACCCGUACCCGACGACUGGAACAUCCCCUCCCUGGCAGAGGACGUGGCUCAGGAGGCGUUCAAGAGCUUUGCAUCGGCUCAGUGCUGCUACAGCAAGGCUCCGGCCACCGAUGGAGUCAUCACCAACAUGGAGCCGUUCAAUACGUACAGGUAUCGUAUUGAGACGUUCACCGAGUCCAGGUCAACUGAGUGGGCCCACAAGCCUUACGAGGGUGAACCGGCUGACUUCUACAUGCAAACUGCCCCCCGACCCUGGGAGAUCCAGGCAACCCCGCCCAACCUCUUCAAGGAUCAUACGGAGGAGAUCCGCGUGCCGUUCACCUCCUCCAUCAAGGAAUGCCACACCUGCCACGCCACAGGGAUGAUGCAGUGUGACGACUGCAAAGGAGGAACAGCCUGUAAAGAGUGCUGGGUGUGUAACGGUUCUGGAACAAGGCUCGAGGAGCGCUGCAAUCACUGUAACGGCACCGGCAGAGAGAGAUGUGACAAGUGUGAUGGUCAAGCAUCGCUGGAGUGUGAAACUUGUAAAGGAAAGAGACAACUGCUGACCUUCAUCCAGAUCAAAGUGGAGUGGGUUAACCAUGUGGACGACCACGUGGUGCAGCAGAACUCUGGCCUGAAUGUGGACGACCUGCGAUCAGUGAGCGGGAAACAGCUUUACAAGGACAGCCAGUACCUGCUUUACCCUCUGAUGGGGUUCCCAAACCCGGCCAUAUCUGAGGCUUCGCAGCGCCUCAUCCAAGAGCACCAAGCCAAAUACCCACAAUCCUCCAGGGUUCUACAGCAGAGGCAGACGGUGGAGUUGAUCCCCAUCACCAAGGUCAACUACAAGUGGAAGGGUGACACCCACGUCUACUACGUUUACGGCAACGAGAACCAAGUCAGCGCCGACAACUACCCGGCAACAUGCUGCUGCGUCAUCCUGUAGACGCACACACACACACACACACACACACACACACACACACACACACACACACACACACACACACACACACACACACACACACACACACACACACACACACACACACACACACACACACACACACACACACAUUAAUCCUUUCAAAAGAUAAACUUCAUUGUUACACACACAUGACCCAGUGUGAUAACAGGUUUGCUACCAGCUGGUCAUCAGAGGUCAGAUACACAUGAACAAAUUCAUAUCACUGAUUUUUUUAUUUUUUUAAUUUUUUUCCAAUGCCUUUGUAUUAAUUUCCAAGUCUACCUCCGGUUCAAAUGCUUCUGUGGGUUUCACCGUGAGAAGGUAAAUGGAGGUCCGAUACAUCUGGACAAGCUGUUUUAGGGAGCGUUGAAGGUGAAUUGCUCAUAGUCAGAAUUAAGAUAAUUUUCUGAUUAAAACAGCUGCUUUGAAAACCAUUACCUCAUCUGUAUGGAGCUCUGCAACACUUACUCACGGUAUUUUUCUCUUACUGAAAGCCUGUGCCAGUAUGUGCCACUUAAAUACCCUCAGUUUUACAACAAAACCUCAUGUGAAUGAAGUACGGCUGUUAAAAGAGCAAACCUGUGCCUUCUCUCUGCACUUGACACUGGACUUCGUUGUCGUCCUCUUGCUUUGUUGUAAAAUAUGUCAUCCAUGACCCGAGAGAAAAUGCAUGACAAUGAAUGUGAGCACCAGAAUCCAGUUUACCUGGUUCCUGCCUGCUUAUCUUAGCUGGGGUUCAGGUGUCACGUGAAGUUAGAAAACAACUGGCUAUGGCAAUGAAAUGAUAAAUUUAGAAUUAAUGUGGAAUUUCAGCCUCCAGAAGCGAAAUGGCCACGUUACUGAAAAGGCUCGUGUCAGUGACAUAUUUCAUAGCUUUGUGGAAUGACGUCUGCCUUCAGGCCGCUCUAACAUCACCGUCAAAACCUCUGGCAGACUUUUCUCUUUAUUUUUGCACUGCUCUUUGUUCCAAGGUGCUGCCGUUUUCUACUCAGGACCGAACUUCAUAUAAUUCAACAAACAGCUGUUUACAGUCUGCCGUCGUGCCAGCAGCCCCUCUGCUGUGUGUUCACCACGUCUGCAAUGUGGAAAGAUUUACACAACCCUGAUUUACAAGGAAGAGCAUCAAAUAACACUCGGUGGUGGCACACUUGAGCUACUCGGGUAGGCUGACAUGUUUUCAGUCAGGAUGGCCAGAAAUGAUAUAAAUGUAUUAAUUUUAAAAGAUAUCGGUUUGUUUUUGCAAAAACUGUUGCACAUUGGUGGACAACAUCAAUAUAAUCAGAGAAACUGAGAGAAAAGAAUCUUUAUAAAGCUGGAAAAAAGGAUAUGUAUAAAAGUAGAUGAGAAAAUAUUGUAAAAACAUAAAGGAACAAAAGAACUAUAUAAAAUGGCCCUAAGACAUCCCUAAAAUCUUAUGAGAGUGAAGCACUUUGAGCUGGAAAAACACACCAUACCCCCAGUGUGUCUCUGGGAGCUCUGAAAUUAUUAUCUCGAAUUAUCUUCCAAAGUCUUUGCAUGUAUAUUUUAACCAAACAUCUCUCAUGUUUGUUACAGUUCAGCCUUCAGUUGCCCGUGUUUCAGCCCAGUUUAACCCUUUCCUGGGCUUUUUCCUACAUUUGGUAUACUGGGCUUUUCUUUGUUUUUAUAGCAGACAUGAGCGCUGGAUGUAUUUUAGCAAGGCACGGCUUCCGCCCUGUCAGUGCACCAGAGCAUCUCAUUAAAGUGACAUAAUAAGUCAUAUUUUCAAAACUUUCUGACUCUAAUGCUGCAUGUUAUUUCAGGACAAAACUCUACUCUGCAGUGCACAUGUUGUGGCAAAUGACUUGUUCAACCUUUUAACAGAAUUAUUUUUUUUUUUUACUGAUUUUUAACAAUUUCAUGUAUAAAUUAAAAAACAUCUGUCAUCGUCGGAUAAUAUUGCCCAACAGACUAAUCUUAAAUUAUCAAUGCUGGGUUAAUAAAGGGCCGUGAAAUAAUCUGCACCUGUUUAUGUCUCAGAUAACCAGCUUAUAUGCUGCUCAGAACUGAAAAGCAUUCUGGGUAGCAGGAAAAGGGAGCAGUGAUUCUCUCUUGCGAGUGAAUUCUCACCUGAAUCAGACUGUAAUUACAAGCACUUGACUUCACUGUUUCUGGUGCUGGAAAUCCCAGAAACUAAAAAACCCUGCGGGUUUGGCAUCGGGGACAUUUAAUGUCUCUGCUGAGCCUGAAGAAUUUAAUUGUAAAGCUGAACUAAAGCCACUUUAAACCUUUGAAAGCUCUUUGGUGAUUAUAAAAAAAUAUUUUUGUUGAGUUUAAAGAAGUUUUUCUUAAAGAGCUGACUUCAGCAAAAAGCACUUUAAAGAGAUUAAACUCAGAACAAUUGACAUGGCCUCUUGAUGAGGUUCGAAUCCAAAACAACUCAUGUUUAACUGAUAGAGUCAAAAAGCCCUUCACCACAGGGACUUACUGGCUGAAAGGCUUGCUGCUGCUGCCAGAUCAGGCUCUGGUAUCACAUUUCUGAGCAACAAGUGGAGCACUAAUCCCCCUCAUGGCCUGAAAAAAGAGCUAAAAGAAUUCCAAGAAUUGCUAUUAAGAUUUCAGGAUUUCCAGCAAAUAUUUAAAUGAAUAUGUAAUGCACCUUUCUCCUCACUGCUGUAGCAUUAAAACCAGUAUAACUCUGGUUAAAAAAAAAAAAAAAAAAAAACCUAAAAAGAGCUUUGUCAU